AUGUCCAAAUCCAAGAAGACGAGGGCUGCAGAGCCAGCUGCUCCUCCCACCAAAGCUGCCGCCACAUUCGGAGCGAAAGACGACUCGGUUGAUCCUGCUCUUGCAUCUCUCUUUGCUUCAAGUUCGGGACCAGUGAAAGUACCGAGCAGAGUAGUUCAACCGACAAAACCAGCUGCUGUGCCAAAGAACACCGCUCAGGAAGACGAAUCGCAAUCCUCAGACCCUGAAUCCUCGAAGGACGAGGACGGGAAUGAAGAGAGCGAUGACGAGGACGACGACGAAGAGGAGGUCAGCGAGGAAGACCACGGAACCGCAGAUGGUGUCUCCGAAGAUGACACUCCACGAAUCGCCGUAGAGGCACAAAGCGAUGCGGAGAAGCCACGGAAACGCAAGCGAAAUGCGGAUGAGGACGACCUCGAGCAAGCAUACUUCAAGCGCCUACAGCGAGAAGAGGACAAAGAGACGCAACAGAAGCAAGCGGGGCAGGAUCCAAAAGACGUAGAUGCAAGCUCCGACGACGACGAAGACGACGACGACGACGACUCAGUCAGCGAACCCUCAGAAGUCGAAGAGCCUCUCCGCCACGAAAUUUUCGACAAAAAGCUCAACGACCGAGACAAACUCAACCGUACCGUCUUCCUCGGAAACGUGUCCACCGAGGCGAUAAAAAUAAAGCACGCCAAGCGAACACUCACUCGUCACCUGCGCUCCGUAUUGAAGACUCCCGCCCAAGGCAAACGACCAGGGAAAUUCGAGUCAAUCCGAUUCCGCUCCACCGCAUAUGCCGCCAAAUCCGGCCCGAAGAAAGCCACGUACGCGAAGAAGGAGCUCAUGGACGCCACCACGACCAGCACCAAUGCCUACGCGGUGUUCACCACCGAGGCGGCAGCACAGCACGUUGCAAAAACGCUGAAUGGAAGCGUCGUCCUCGAUCGCCAUCUGCGAGUCGACUACCUUGCCCGCCCUCUCCCCAUCGACCACAAACGCUGCGUCUUCAUUGGCAAUCUCAGCUUCGUCAACGAGGAGACUCAACCCACAGACGGAAACGAGGGCCGGCGCCCGACGGCCAAGCAGCCCGCCGACGCCGAGGAAGGCCUCUGGCGCACAUUCAGCAAGUGCGGCGCCGUCGAAUCUGUCCGCGUUGUCCGCGACCAAGAAACUCGCGUGUCCAAGGGAUUCGCCUACGUGCAAUUCAAGGAUGAGAACAGUGUAGAAGCCGCAUUGCUGAUGAACGACAAGAAGUUCCCCCCCAUGCUACCGAGGAAGUUGAGGGUCAUGCGCGCGAGGAAAACAAAGGUCAAGUCGUCGUCCAGGUUGCCGUCCGGGGGGAAGCUCCCCAGUAAGAGCUCAUUCGCUCGAGGACGGGCAGGGAAACCGCUUGUCUUCGAAGGCCAUCGGGCGAGUGAAGGCGGCGGGAAAAAAGGCAAACCGCAGAGCCUCAAGGAUAGGAAGAGGGAGAGGAACAAGAAGAGACCAGACUCGGAGAGCGCCAGGCGAAGUGUAAAUUUCAAGCGCGCACAAGCGAGGAAUCGAAAUCCAGGCCAGGCAAAGUGA